AUGUCUCAUAUUCCUGACCCUAGAGCGGGUAUUGACAUCACAAACCACAAUGACCGACGAUCUAGGCGCGUGAUCUUCGACCUCGAAAUUUUGAACGAUACUCUUCAAGAUCGAUCUGUAAGCCGCGUAGGAUAUUUCAAAGACAUCCAUGGAGAUCCCUUGCUUCUCGAGGAGCGCCCGCCGAAAGGGACCUUGCUAAAAGAUCUUGUGACAAUAUUUUCGAAUCCUAAAACUUGGUUUCUGAUCGGGAAGGGUGUAAUUACUCUCGGAAGGGGAGUUGGGUUAAAAGAUCUAGCUAGCAUAGUUGCAUCUCUUGAUGCGUAUGGCCCCGUCAGAGCAGCCUUCUUACAGGGUGGGGGAUUGCUCGUGAAGAGAGGGCAAGUCGAAGCAAAAUGGAGUGCCAUGCUUCACCCCCCUCUAAGUUAUCUUGGAGAUGCAUUUCAGCAUCGUACCAUUGAUGGAAGCUUUAACAGCGUCUUGCACCCACACCUGGGACAAGCAGGUACACCAUAUGCAAAAACUGUGCCAGCUAAGGCAAGGCUUUUAGGUGCACAACCUGAUCCUGGUGAUAUUUUUGACCGUCUCAUGGCCCGCGAACUUGAUGGCCCUAGAACAAGCGGCUCCGGUUUGUCUGUGAUGCUGAUAUACCACGCUACAAUCAUUAUUCAUGAUAUAUUUCGGACAAAUGAGAAAGAUAAAAACAUCUCAGAUACAUCUUCCUACCUUGAUCUAUCUCCUCUUUAUGGAUACGAUGAUGAGACAAAUGCGAAAGUCCGCACUGGAAAACUCGGAUUGCUUCACCCAGAUACAUUUGCAGAAAAUAGGCUUCUGCGGCAGCCACCUGGAGUAUGCACUUAUUUGGUGAUGUAUAAUCGAUACCAUAACUAUGUCGCCCGCCAGCUCUUACGAAUCAACGAAAACGGUCGUUUCUCGAUUCCCGAAAAGUAUAGCGGCGAGGAUCAAGCGCAUGCCCUCGAACGGUAUCAGGAAUAUUACUGGGAAAUAAAAGAUUUUGCCCUUCGUUACAUUCAAAAUAACACGUUCGCACAGAACCAACUGCAGGAUACUCCCGAAUUCAAGGACGAACUAUUCGCUGCCCGAAAGGCGCGUAUGGUGUUGUUGAAGAAGGAGGAACAUGAUGAAUACUUGGCUAUGAUCCAGGGAAAUCAAGAAGAGGUCGAGAGAUUUCAAGAGUGGAAAGGAACCCAAGAAGACCCGGAGAAUGUAAACGUCAGGUUUUACGAUGCUCUAGUGAACAAGUUUAUUGCGCAGCACGAUGCUGCUUGGAAGAAGCUCGACGACGAUCUCUUCGGGACUGCAAGACUUAUUACGUGCGGACUUUAUAUAAACAUCUCAAUCCAUGACUACCUUCGCGCUUUGAUGGGAUUCCACCAAUGGAAUACCACAUUCACCCUCGAUCCCCGCCUCGAAGUCGAUAAAAAAGCUGGGAAAGAAGGCCUACCGCGAGGGAUUGGAAACCAAGUCUCGGUGGAGUUCAACCUUUUAUAUCGCUUUCAUUGUGCGAUCGGACAGGAUGACGAAGUUUGGAUGAAUAAUUUGAUUCGUAAAACACACGGCAAAAAACUCAUUGCUCUUAGCGAAGCCAAAGACUCCGAAGGAAACAUCAUUAAAGACCUUGAAGAUGUCGAUAAAUGGGACCCAAGGACUCUUACUAGCGAUCAAUUUAACAGGGUAAACCCUCUACUUGCAAAAGAUGCUAGGAAAUUCGCAGCAGCAAAUCCGGAAAGCCUCAGGCCAGAAAAUCAAGUCUUUUUUGACCUAGAUGUCACUGAACUCACCAGAGAUCCUAUAACGAAUCAGUUCAACGAUGAGAAAUUAAUCAAUAUCCUCGAAACAAAAAUGGAAGAACCGAUCUCCCAGUUCGGCCCUCGCAACGUCCCUCGAGCCUUAAAAGCGAUCGAAGUUGCAGGUAUACUUCAAGCUAGAAAAUGGGAAAUCGGAACGCUCAACGAUUUUCGCGAGUUCUUCGGUAUGAAGCGACACGAAACAUUCCAAUCGCUUAGCAAGGACUCGGAAAUCCAACAGGCACUACGAGAUCUCUACGAAGACGUCGACAAAGUCGAGUUCUAUCCUGGUAUUUUCUGCGAGGGCCGAGACGCAGAAAAUGCUCGGGAUUGUGACCCAGGCCCUCAGAUUAGCGAUUCCACUUUAUGGAGCGCAAUAUUUUCCGAUGCUGUUACACUUGUUCGCUCAGAUAGAUUCUAUACGGUGGAUUGGAAUACCAACUCUCUCACCACUUGGGGAAUGAACGAAGUAACUGCGGAUAACAAUACAUUCAAAAGCUCCGUGUUCCAUCGACUAAUACAACGUGCAUUCCCUGACUGGUACGAAGCCAACAGUGUACGCUUCUUCCAUCCUUUCUAUACUACCACCGCGAAUAUGAAGUAUGCAAAAGAGCAAGGAUAUGGUGACGCAUUUAACCUCCCAGAGUUCAACCCCGCCAAGGCAAAAGAAGUCGAUGAGAAUCUCCCUACUGUGCUUCAACAAUCUACACCCUCUAAGCCGAACUCCGUCUUCAAAUUGACUCGCACACUUAAGCGUCAAAAUAUGCCUAAAAACAUCACAGUCGUUGUUAAAUCUCGUGAGGCCGCCGAAGAAAUUAUUCAUGACAAGGACGAUCGAUUCGUCAACCCAGCAUGGAUGGAUACUUAUGCUGUUCCAAAGGUAAUAAGGGACAUUCUGAAAAAGAAUAUCGAGCGGAAGGAUAGGGCUAGUACGGACUUGAACAUUGAUGUCAUGGGGAAAGAAAGAGACCAAAUCACUGAUUAUUUCGAAAAAAUGUCCAUUAAAGUUAUUAAUGCGAGAAGACAGCUGUUUGAAAAGGGCGUUGGAAAGAAGGACCCUGUGUAUCAAAUUGACGCCGUAAGAGACUUUGCGAUACCGGUUAUCACACAUUACUUCGCCGACUUCUUAGGCUUCAGCGAUCUCAUCAUCGGGGAGGGCGGAAAACUAUACAGUACUAACGAAAUUUAUCAUCAUAUUGUAAACGUCCAAAACUACCUCUCUUACAAUGUGGACGAAACCAAAAAGUGGAAGCGACGCGAGGCAUUUAAAAAAUCCGCUGAGUUCCUUGUGGGCCUCACGAGAAACGGACACGUUAAAGCAGCAUCCGCGUGGUGGCCUCUUUGGAGAUCCGAAGACCUACGCCCCGAAGCCUAUAUGAAGGAACUUGGCUAUAAAGUCGCACAGAAACUCCUGAAGAAUAAAGACAUCGCGAAAAACGCCGAUGAGGCUGCGGCAAUAAUGUUGCUUAUAGGACUAGAUAGUAUUUAUAACGCCAUUCUGACAUUUACUACAUCUCUUGCCUUCUUCUUUGACCAAAGCAAUCGUACUUUUGAUUGGCGCUUCAUGGCCGAUGAAGAACGCAAGUAUCAAAAUGAUUUACACGCCAAAGUCGAAAACGAUCACAAAACUCGUACUCAUAUGCCAGAUAAACACAAGAAUCAUUUCCAAUGUCUUACCAAGCAGGAAAAGCGAAAAAUCAGACACAGGGACGGACUGAUUUCAUGGGAAGAGAUCCAAAAGAUUGCUUUUGAUCCUGACACUGCGGAACACGAUAAGGACCACGAAAUCAUGCACGCUGUUCUCGAAGCCCAACGACUCAAAGUCAAACUCCCCAUAGAAAGACGAGUUCUUUCCGAAACACCAUUUACGGUCGAAGGCAGCGAUUUUGAAUUCCAUACUGGGGAUACUGUUCUGAUUGAUAUUCACACCGCUGAAGCCAACCGACAUUCAUUCUGUGAUGACCCCUUCUGUGUUGAAAAGCUCCACACCCAUAACCCAGUUACGAGUUAUCUAUCCUAUACUGGCGGAUUCAGUGAGGACAUCCUAUCUCUGUCUGCGAAACACAUCCCCAUCAUUGGCCUCGCCGCCAUGUUCAAAACACUUGGUCGAAUGAAGUAUCUUCGCCAAGGCCACGACUCUCAGGGAAGAUUGAAAUCGGUAAACAAUAAUCCAUCUUAUGGACACCUCGCAAAUCGAAUGGCCCCGAAAGUUUUCAAGGCAACAAUGGGAAAACUCAAAGAGAGGGCACAGAAGGAAAAGAGCGGUGAAAGCUUUGAUACGGCACCUGAGAGUUACACAUAUCUUACGCCAGAAUGGGACGAAACGAUGCCGUUUCCAAAUACUAUGAAAAUACGUUUCAACGGUUAUGGUCAAGGUGUCUGGAUAUACGGCGAUAAUUCAGACCAGAAUCAUGGUAUCAUCUCGCUCUGGGCACCCCAAGGUCCCAGUCAUACCGGGGGAAGCUGGGCUCCCUCGAAAUGCACUUGCACCAGUGGGAGUUGUAGGUGUGCUUUGGAUGUCAAAUCUCGAGUAGAGGCCCUAGAGCAAGGACAGAAAGAUUUGAACACGGGGGUUAGCGAGUUGAAGGAGGAAGACAUCCGAUUGUUGAAGAGCUUGGGGACCGUACAUUCCGGAUGUGGUAUGUAA